GGCCUUCGACCCUCCCCCCCGUCAGGGCCGCAGCCGGAGGGCGAUGACCGCUGCGCCCCGCCGCUUCCUCCGCACGCUCCUGGGCGCCAUGGGAGACUCAGCCUCCAAGCUGCCCGGCAGGGAAGAGGCCCCGCCCGGGCGCAGCGACCGGAUCCGGGUCUCCGCUAAACACCACGUCAAUGGAAACAGAAUGGUUGAACCUUUCCCAGAGGGAACACAGAUGGCUCUAUUUGGUAUGGGCUGCUUCUGGGGAGCUGAGAAGACAUUUUGGAGGCAAAAAGGAGUCUACUCAACUCAAGUGGGUUAUGCUGGGGGAUAUACCUUGAAUCCUUCCUAUGAAGAAGUCUGUGCAGGUAAAACUGGCCACGCGGAAGUUGUUCGAGUGGUGUAUCAGCCAGAAAGCAUCAGCUUUGAGAAACUGCUCAAGGUCUUCUGGGAGAAGCAUGACCCGACACAAGGAAUGCGGCAGGGUAAUGACUUUGGCACACAGUAUCGCUCGGCCAUCUACACCUUCUCUCAGGAACAGAUGGAAGCUGCUCUGAGAUCUAAAGAGGAUUAUCAAAAGGUUUUGACAGAGAGCGGUUUUGGCACGAUCACAACAGAGAUCCGCGAGGCUCCCGAGUUCUUCUACGCAGAAGAUUACCAUCAGCAAUACCUGAGCAAGAACCCCAAUGGCUAUUGUGGGCUUGGGGGCACUGGAGUCUCCUGUCCUCUUGGGACGGGCAAAUAACCAGGGCUGGCACCGCUGCACAAACCCCGCUUUGGGUUUUCUUUAGAAUAAUGCAAGAAAGCAAACGUAUGCAUCGCCUAGUUUAUGACGUACCUGCAGUGCCCCCACGUCUGUGAGCUCCCGGAGGUACAACCUUCUUUAUUUUGAGAGUGCAGACUUGCUUCGAUUGGACAGACGCUAAAGGUUGGAAUGACUUCUGAAAUUGUGCCCAGUCCCGUGGCUCGAAAUACAGCCGCCCAAUUUGUGCCCUUUCAUGUGUGAACUAGCAGCUAUUUGUGUCAGGAGAAAGGAAGAUUUUUUUGGACCUUCCUAGCUAAAUUAUCAGAAUUGGCGUCAAGGUUGCACAAAUUUACCUGCAAACCUUUUCAUGGCCAAUGCUUAUGGAUGCAUUUUUCCUCCCGAUUUGCUGAAUUUCCUCGGCUUUUGCGAGCAUAACCCAACACGUUGUCUCCCACAAAAUAUUAUACGGGUUAUCUUCACCAUAGCAACUACAGCUUGAUUUCUUUGUGGCUGGGGAAUUUACAGUUUUAAUAAUUGUUAAAUUCUCUCACCCUUACCCACUCACAACAUAACAUAUUGCCUCUAGUGAUUAUUCUUUUGGAGAAAAAAAAAGGGAGUAAAUAAUAAUAAUAAUAAUUCUAUAAUGUGAUGGUGGGGGGGUGGGUUCUCCUGGGCCAAAAAGUGCACACGUACAAAAGGAGGCAGUUUUGCUUCCAGCGCUGCAAUAAAUCACAUCAUGCCAAAAAAACCACGUGCUCUGUGGAUCUAAAUAUGUGACUCGUUAGAUCUGAGAGUGCAUCAAAUACAAUAAAAGGGUGUAGCCUACUGAUGGAAAA